AUGGUGAAGAAAAAGACGGACCCUGUGGAUGGAUGUGCCCACUCCUUGGCUGAGCUGGAAGAGAAGUACAAGGGCAAGUACAAGAAGAAGGAGAUUCAAUAUUACUGGGAGACGGAGUGCAAGCCUGUGACUGAAGACGUGGCCAAAGCACCCCCUGCGGCCAAAGCGCCAGCCGCGCCGCGGCUGGUGCGCUCCCGGUCAUGGCUGAAGAAGGUCUGUGGCAUUCCUCUUCUUCCCUGCGAGGAAAGCCUCGCGCCGCUGCUGGAAGCUUUCGACACGGGCGGCACGGGUGCUGCCAAGCAGGCUGCCCAGUUGGAACUGCUCCGCGCGCAUCCCUUUGUUGAUCGAAAGGUAAAGGAGGUCUCACCAGAAGCUUUGGCGCCUGACGUGUCCGUUCAGGUGGAAAACUUCCGGCUCAUGGUCGUUCAAUUCCGGAAGUGGCUGAAGACUUCCGUGUGGAAGGGCAAGGGCUUCGACGAUGGUGUGUACUUGACCUCUGCUCUCCUUCGCAAGAUGCUUCCACGUGGCUUCACGAACUUCUGCUUCACAAAAGUGGGGGAGUCUCCGGUGAACGUGGUUCUGAGAGGCUUCUUGAAGUUCACAGGCCUCACCGCUGCGGACGAGGACGAAGAUUCCAAGGCCACAGAGGAUGCCGCGGCGUUUCUCUUCCACGGGUACACCAUGGAAGACGCCCAGAGGUUCUUAGUGACCACCAAGAGCAACGGUGAGAACGGCAAAUACACCUUCCGCCGCGUCUAUGGCGACUGGUACUGUUUCGCCGGGUCCAAGAACACGGGACACACCUGGAGGUUUGGCAGCAAUGUGGCACAGCUGUUCCCCAUCCCGGAAUUGGAUGUCAUUGCUGGUGUGGCGCCCAAGAUCAUCGCCUUCGUAGACAGGCGCUUGAAGAGCUUGGAGGAGAAGCAGCGCUUGGAGUUGUUGGAGGCCGUACAUCAAGGAGGUGUUACCAUCAUGAUCGAGCUGAAUGAUGCGGGUCACGAACAUAUUUUUCCCAUUGAGGAGUCUUGGGUAGAUCACGUGGCGAUCCUUAACGACAACGGUUUUCCGUGGCCACAGCAGGAGGCCUACGACUUCUUCGAUCGCUUCACCCUGCGAAGGGUGAGGAUUGAUGCGUACGAUAUGGAGCAGCUGCCCAAAAUCAUGGAGGAAAUCAGGAAAGAUACCAGCACCGAAGGUGCCGUACUGUAUCUGGAGCGUGACAGCAAGGCCAUUGGCCUUUUGAAGGUAAAGAGCGACCACUAUGUGAUCGCUCGCCGCACUCGUGAGACGUUAAGGUCUGCCUUGGUGAAGCCCAUGAGCGACGCCAAGGCGUCUGCGGCGCUGCCGAAGGUGACGAAGCGCCUGGAGGAAGGCAUGGCCAGUCUCACCCAUGUGGCCGGUUGGUCAGCCGACGCCUGGCCGAAGUGGGCAGCCCAUGCCACAGCCUUUGCCGAUGCCUGGAUGAAGGCAUUCCUCCAGGGCGACGACAUGAUGAGAAAAGCGCUAGUCAUUGAGUUUCACAACAAAUUCGGCUCUCUAUACGAGCGCUUCUGGCGAACUCACGAGGUGCUUCCCUUGACGGACUUCAGCCUGGAAACCGCCAAGAAAGCUCCGAGCUGCGCCACUGUGGCUGACAUGCCAACCUCCCCGGUGUCGACAUGCGUGUCACGGAUAGAGAAGGGUGGAGUAGCAGAGGGCAGUGAGCCCGACAAGGCCGAAAGCCAGUGGCAAACCGCGACGGCGAAAACGGUGAACUGCCUUGGGCGAGCUGCUCGCUUCAAAAAAGACCAAGGUGUAGGCCCAGAGUUGACGGCGAGGGCGGGAUGUCUCCCCCCACGUCGGGAAUGUCCGUUUGAGCCGGAGGAGACGAGCACCUUCUUCUCCCGCGACGGUGGGCUGACCUGGGUCGAAGCCCACAAGGGUGCCUUCAUCUACGAGUUCGGUGACCACGGUGGACUCAUAGUGAUGGCCGAUGAUCUGAAGAAGACCGGAGAGGUGAUCUUCACCUGGAACGAAGGCGAAUCUUGGUACGACUUCAAGGUCACCAACACUCCCUUCGAGGUGGAUAACAUCAUCACUGAGCCCAACCUGACCUCUACCACCUUCGUGAUGUUCGGCACUCGCGAGGAUGGAAGUGGUGUGGUGUACUACCUGAAGUUUGAUUCGUUAGAGUUCCCUGCCUGCAAGGGGAGUAGCUUUGCCGACUCCGUGUCUUCAGAUUAUGAGACUUGGACGGCGUCGGAUGGUCGGGGAGAAGGUCUCUGCAUGUUAGGGCAGCAGAUCACCUACACCCGCCGGAAACGGACCUCGCAGUGCUGGAAUGGUGAAGCCUUUGAACGUCCCACCGUGAAGAAGACCUGCGCCUGUACAGAGGCCGACUUCGCCUGUGACGUGGGCUUCGUCCGCCAGGUGGGCUCCACGGAGUGCGUCUUCGGCGGCGCCGACAUGAUGCCGGAGAGGCCGGCCCUCGCGGUGACGGUGACCGGGGGAAGAUCCUAG